AUGAUGGACUCAAUUGUGACACUCGCCAAGCGAGUAAAUGUCAUUAUCACGGCAUCAACGACCGAUGCAGAGAUAGCUGAGAUGCAGCGAGAUCCAUGGUCGAAGUCAGCAAAAUACGGAGUAGGGUUUGUGUAUUUUGCCGUUGUGCUGCUGGCCAUCACGACAUUCAUCCGAUGCUGGCAUAUCUGGGGCGAUAAGAUGCGGAUUGCUUUCUACAAAGAGAACCGACCAGAGAUCUUUCGCGAUGACCAGGUAUCGGACGAGUACGAGCUCCCGAGUGCAGGCACGGACGCUUCAAAUGCCCAGUUCUUUCCGUCUCCCACGGCAAUUUCUCCGCCUAAGAGACAGGAAUCGCUUCUUGCUAGGAUAGUCCCCCUGAACAGGGCGAUCGCCUUCAUGCGAUGGAUCUUCUACCGGCCAGUUCCGGUCCUGAAGAUUGGGAAGAUUGAGGUUCAUUUCCCGUCUCUAGGAGUUACCGCGACUGUAUUGGCUGCGUUCAUCUUCGUCACAUUGUACACUUUCGUGCCACAGCCUUUCUACUACUGGUCUAUUUCACUCGGAUCCCCACCUUUGGCUAUUCGCGCCGGCAUGCUCGCGGUGGCUACGAUCCCUUGGAUUGUCGCACUCAGCACCAAGGCAAACUUUAUCACUAUGAUGACUGGCCUUUCUCCUGAGCGGUUGAACGGGCUGCACCGUUGGUUGGCCUACAUUUGCCUCUUCCUCAGUUUGGUCCACACGGUCCCAUUCUACAUUACCCCGAUCUGGGAAGAUGGCGCAUUGGUGAACUAUAUCGUUAGUAUCCCGCCGCACGCAUACGUAUACGGGACUGGACUUGCGGCGCUGGUUCCUCUGCUUGUGUUGUGUCUUCAUUCUCUUCCCAUCCUGCGCAACCGGAUGUAUGAGCUCUUUGUAUUUGUCCACAUCCCGGUUUCGUGGAUCUUUGUGGCGAUGCUAAUAUGGCACACGAGAAACUACCUCUCAACAUGGGGUUACCUAUUCACAACUAUCGCCAUCUGGAUCAUUUCAUAUACUAUCAGGUUAUUCUAUCUGAACUGGACAAACCCUUUGCAUUCAUCGUUUUUGAUUGGAGAAGAGUCGGCCAUAACCAUUCUCCCACAAAACGCGAUCAAGGUCACCAUUCCGACAAAGAUGCGCUGGAGACCCGGUCAGUACGUCUACCUUCGACUCCCAAGGAUUUCCGUGGUGCAAAGCCACCCUUUUACGAUUGCCUCUCUUUGCAGCGAGGACUUUCCUUCUGCAUAUGGUGAUAAAUAUCGGGAUAUGACACUGGUUUUCCGACCAUUCCACGGUUUCACACGCAAGGCAUUUGAGCAAGCUUUGAAGCAUGGACCCUACAGGAUCUACAGCGCUUUUGUAGAAGGGCCCUACGGUGGCAUGCAGCGGGAGAUUGCUGCCUUUGACGACGUGAUUUUCUUCGCCGGAGGAAGUGGUAUUACCGCCAUUGCCAGCCAGUUGCUGGAUCUCAUCAAAAAGAUACGCGAUGGCAAGGCCAUCACCAGAUCGGUGAAAGUCAUCUGGGCGCUGAAAAGUCCAGAGACGAUGGAGUGGUUUCAAGAAGAGCUGCGCAUCUGCCGCGAUUACGCACCUGCCAACAUCGUGAGCUGCCAUUUCUUCCUUACUGGAAUGAAAUCGGACGAUCAAGCUGGACGGGACAUGGUCCAGGAGAAGAUCUAUGGCAUGCUUCGCGGCAUCGACAAGCGCAACUCAGCUUAUAUCCGCGCUGAAGCCGACGGCAACCCUGACGUUGAAAAGGAAUUGCGCCGCGAAAAUGAAGACGGCAUCGCUGCGCUUCCCAACGCAUACAGGCCCUCUCAUACGCCCAACACCCGCCAAUACUACCAGCCUGCUACGAAUCCCCAAGCUCCCGUUGGACCGGCUGUGUAUGGCAACCCGAAUUUCGACUUUGGAUUCGGCGCACCCCAAGCCGUGCCGCAAAGGCCACCACCAGCCCCUGCGCCACGCUUUGCAUAUUAUCAACCGCGUGGACGUGACAACUGGCGUACGGAUUACUUCCGUCCAAACAUAUCACAGAUGGUAAAUGAGUUUUCCAAGACAUUUGGUCGUCGUGCGUGUGUUUUCGUCUGCGGCCCACCGAGCAUGAGAGUUGAGGUUGCCAGUGCCGUCGCCAAGCUGCAGUGGCAAGUGAUGACUGACUCCUCAAGAGAUGAAGUCUUUUUGCAUGCCGAGAACUAUAACAUCUAA